UGGAGCCCCCAUGCGGGACACAAAAUUUGAAGAUGGCAGCGGAAGCUCCACAGACGCCCGGAGAAAGACUGGGCAGGGGCGUGAAAUGGAGGGUCGGGCGGCACUGGACAUUGUACACCAGGUUCGCGUGGAUGCGGGGGGCUCCUUCCUGUCCUAUGAGCUGUGACCUCUCGCACUGCGCAAGCGGGAUCUGUCUGGGCACUGCGACGCGCCCGCCUUCUACCAGCUGCAGUACCGCCGGCGUGAGCUGCUCUUCAACCUGACCGCCAAUGCGCACCUGCUGGCGCCCCGCUUUGUGAGCGAGACACAGCGGUGCGGCGACCUGGGUCACGUGCACAUCCAGGCCCACACCCCUGCCUGCCACCUGCUCUGCGAGGUGCAGGACCCCGAGUUCGAGGGUGGCCUCGUGGCCAUCAUUGCCUGCGACGGCCUGAUGAGUGUGUUCCAGGUCUCCAAUGAGGACUACUUCAUUGAGCCCCUGGACAGUGCCCCGGUUCGGCUUGGCCACACCCAGCUCCACAUGGUGUACAAGCGUCAGACCUUGGAGAGACCGGGACAGCGGGGUGAUUCCAUUGCUACAAGCACCUGUGGGGUGCCAGUGUCCCCAGAGCUGGAGCCUCAACAGGAGCGUUGGGAGCAGCGGCAGCAGUGGCGGUGGCAAUGGCCGAGGUGUCUACACCAGUGCUCAGUCAGCAAGAAGUAGGUGGAGACCCUGGUGGUGGCUGAUGCCAAAAUGGUGGAGUACCAUGGACAGCCACAUGUUGAGAGCUAUGUGCUGACCAUCAUGAACAUGGUGGCCAGCCUAUUUUAUGACCCCAGCAUCAGGAACCCCAUCCACAUCACCAUUGUGUGCCUGGUCCUGCUGGAGGAUGAGGAGGAGGAUCUAAAGAUCACGCACCAUGCAGACAACACCCUGAAGAGCUUUUGCAAGUGGCAGGAAAGCAUCAACAUGAAGGGGGACACCCACCCCCUGCACCACGACACCGCAAGCAGGCCACUUCUCUGCCUGUGUAGGAAGGACUUGUGCGCAGCCAUGAACCAGCCAUGUGAGACCCUGUUCCUGUCCCACGUGGCGGCGGGCAUGUGCCAGCCUCACCACAGCUGCAGCAUCAACGAGGACACGGGCCUGCCGCUGGCCUUCACGGUGGCCCAUGAGCUCUGGCACAGUUUUGGCAUUCAGCAUGAAGGAAGCGGCAAUGACUGUAAGCCGGUUGGGAAAGGGCCUUUCAUCAUGUCUCCACAGCUCCUGUACGACGCCGCUCCCCUCACCUGGUCCCGAUGCAGCUGGGAGUACAUCGCCAGGUUCCUUGACCACAGGUGGGGCCUGUGCCUGGAUGACCCUCCUGCCAAGGACAUCAUCGACUUCCCCUCGGUGCCGCCCGGCAUCCUCUAUCAUGUGAGCCACCAGUGCCGCCUCCAGUACAGGUCCUACUCUGCCUUCUGCGACGACAUGGAUAAUGUCUGCCACACACUUUGGUGCUCUGUUGGGACCACCUGUCACUCCAAGCUGGAUGCAGCCGUGGACGGCACCCGGGGUGGGGAGAACAAGAUAGGAGGUUGGUGUAUCAAUGGGGAGUGCGUACCUGUGGGCUUCCGGCCCGAGGCCGUGGACGGUGGCUGGUCCAGCUGGAGCACCAGGUCCAUCUGCUCGCAGAGCUGUGGUGUGGGUGUGCAGAGCGCUGAGCGGCAGUGCACGCAGCCUGCGCCCAAAUACAAGGGCAAGUACUGCGUGGGCGAGUGGAAAUGUUUCCGCCUCUGCAACCUGCAAGCCUGCCCCUCUGGCCGCCCCUCCUUCUGCCACGUCCAGUGCAGCCACUUUGACGCUAUGCUCUACAAGGGCCAGCUGUACACAUGGGUACCUGUGGUCAAUGACAUGAACCCCUGUGAGCUGCACUGCCGGCCCUCAAAUGAGUAUUUUUCCGAGAAGCUGAGGGACGCCGUGGUUGAUGGCACCUCCUGCUACCAGGGCAGGGUCAGCCGGGACCUCUGCAUCAAUGGCAUCUGCAAGAAUGCGGGCUGUGACUUCGAGAUUGACUCCGGUGCUAUGGAGGACCGCUGUGGCGUGUGCCACGGCAAUGGCUCCACCUGCCACACCGUGAGCAGGACCUUCGAGGAGGCUGAGGGCCUGGGGUAUGUGGACGUGGGGCUGAUCCCAGCUGGCGCACAUGAGAUCCGCAUCCAGGAGGUGGCGGAGGCUGCUAACUUCCUGGCACUUUGGGGCGAGGACCGGAAGAAGUACUUCCUCAAUGGCGGCUAGACCAUCCAGUGGGACGGGGACUACCAGGUGGCAGGGACCACCUUCACAUACGCACGCAGGGGCAACUGGGAAAACCUUACGUCCCCGGUUCCCACCAACGAGCCUGUUGAAUUCAGGUGCCUGCUGUUCCAGGAGAGCAACCCCGGGGUGCGCUGUGAGUACACUGUCCACAGGGAGGCAGAUGGCCAUGGCGAGGUCCCACUGCCCUAGUUUUCCUGGCACUACGGACCCUGGACCAAGUGCACGGUCACCUGCAGCACAGGUAUGCAGAGGCAGAGUUUGUACUGCUCAGAGUGGCAGGCUGUGGACAAGGGGCACUGUGACCCCCUGGGCCAGCCUGAUGACUGCCAGAGGAAGUGCAGUGAGCAGCCCUACCCUGCCAGGUGGUGGGCACGUGAGUGGCAGCUGUGCUCCAGCUCCUGCAGGCCUGGAGACCUCUCCCGCCGGGCCGUGCUCUGCAUCCGCAGCAUGGGGCUGGAUGAGCAGAGCGCCCUGGAGCCGCCCACCUGUGAACACCUUUGCAGGCCCCCAGCUGAAACCCCCUGCAACUGCCACGUGCCCUGUCCGGCCACCUGGGCUGUGGGGAACUGGUCUCAG